UGUUGUUCAAUUAGAGUUAUAUUUUUUAUUUAUAUGUCUUUUGUGAAUAGUAUGUUAUUUUAGUUGCACUAAAUAAACUAUAGUUUGAAAGCUGUCGUCGUUUAAAGUUUUGUUCACCGUCUCACCCUGGGUUACCCUACAUCUUGAAACAAAUCAAAGACGAACUUCUUCAGAUUUCGACUGCGUAACUCGGUAUGCCACAUUGUUUUUCCUGCAAAGACAAAGAAUUUCCGACGGUCGAUAAUUACAUGGAUUUUCUAAGCAAAUAUGUUGGCGAAGGGUUCGAGCCACAUUACUUUAAUGUGGAUGUAAUUGAGACGGACAUUAAUCGUCACAAUAAAAAUGAAUACGCAUUACUCUACGGGUGUCCGAAAUUUUUAGAAGGAAAUACAUUGAUCCCACAACUAUUUAACAAAGAACUUAUGGAUAAUCUGCGAGUGGAUACCAGAAACAAAAACUUAAGCGAUGUACUUUUUGUACCACGUAAGAACGGCCCCACCGUAAUUCUAAUGUUACUAAAAACCGAAGAAAAAGAAAGUACAAAUUUAAAGAUGCUUUACGCGUCUUUAAAAAAUUUAAAAAGGCAAUUAAUAGAAAACAAAAUCAAUACAAAAUUGGCUACAAAUGAGACUCUAGGAUUAAAUAUGGAAUCCUCGAUAACCAGAAAAAUUUUACAACAUGUACUAGGAGGUACGCCCUACAGAGUGACAAUUUGCAAAGAAAUAAAGAAAAAGCAGAAUUUUAAAUCCGGACCAAACAGAGGUGGCCAACACAAAGGGAAAUAUUACAAACCAUAUUUUAGAAAAUAAGUUAGUUUUAAUGUUGUUUUAGUUUUUUUUGUUCAUAGUUUUUAAUUAUAUAUUAUAGUUGUUUAUAUUACUCUCGUCAGAAAAGAUUGCCGGCCACAGCACACCUUAUGUCGAUCUACAAUGUAUGUUUUUCUUAAAAUGCGAACAACUUCCGGAAUAAAAUCAUCCCAAUGUUGAACGAAAAAUCCUAUCGUUCAACAUUAAUACAAUACUAUCCCGAAAAUCGCUCACAUCUUUAGAAAAACGUAGAUUGUAGACCUAGAUAAGGUGUUUUAUGACCGGUAAUCUCUUCUGGCGAGAAGUUUAGUAGUUUAAGUACAUAUUACUCUCAUCAUAAAAGAUAUCCGAUCACAACACACUUGAUGUCACUAUAUAAUCUACGUUUUUUUUAAGAUACGAACGACUUCCGGAAUAGGCUCAAAUCAAUAUUGAACGAAAAAUCUUUUCGAUCAACAUUAAUACGAUACUAUCCCGGAGGUCGUUCGCAAUUUAAGAACAACAUAGAUUCUAAAUCAGAAUCGAGUGUUCUGUGAUCGGAUAUCUUUCCUGUCGAAAGGUUUAGUAAAAUAGUCUGUAGUUUG